AUGAGGGAUAAACAAGCCGGCGUACAGGUCGCGUUCGCCAGAGCGAGGCGGCACGCGUCGUGUUCGGGGCACGAGUGCGGUGCACAGAGCGGCGCGAGUCACACAAGCACAAGCAGAGUCGGCGGGCGACUGACGGGCAGUGGAGAGCGCGGGGUGCCCCUGCGCGCGCACCCCGCACGCCGCGCACCUCCACACCCCCUCGUGCCCUCCCCGAGAUCGCCGCACCCCUCCACAAUAGGACCAAUUUCAUAA